GUGCUCGUCUAGUAGUACAGCUAUUGGGAAGACUGUGGAAAAUUCAGAAGUUACUCGAGAAGAAAUUGUGCUCCCACGAAGGAAAACCUGGGAUAAGCUAGCGGUUCUGAAAACAUUGGCUUCUACCGUGAACAGGGAUCCUACUGCUGCUCAUUAUAUAUUCCAGGAUGACCCUUUCCUUAUGCCAAGAAAUGCAGCCAGUUCUCGUCUGUUUUUAUUGUCGAAGGAGUCUGGGAGAAAUGCUGCAAAAUAUAUUAUAAAGCAAUUUCCUCAAUAUUUUGACAAGACUUUUGCAGAGCCCAAUGUACCAUGCUUGAUGCCUGAGAUUCUUACACCUCAGAUUGAAGGAGUGAGUGAGGAAGCUCUAAAAGAGCGUAUCCACCUCAGAAGGCUGAAGGAUUCGGUGGACCUGUUCGAUCAGCUUGUACAAGCAGGUACCCCUGCAUCUCUGGAGACCACAAACAGCCUUUUAGAUUUGUUAUGCUUUUAUGGAGAUGGAGAAUCUACUCCGGAAAAAGAGGGAGAAGAAAAAGAGGAUUUGGAAGAACCGGGGGUGAAUGCUUCAGAGCAGAAGGCUCCAAAGAGACAGCUCCAACGAGGUUUGCAGUCAUCUGGCUCUAGGUGGAGGGAGAACAACAAUGCUGAAAGGAUAUUUAAGAUAAUGCCAGAGAGGAAUGCACACUCCUAUUGCACAAUGAUCCGUGGGAUGGUGAAGCAUGGGGCUUCUGCUAAAGCUUAUGACAUGUACAUAGACUUGCUUAAUGAAAGACACAAGGCUGAUGUGCACACCUUCAACGCACUGAUUACAGCAGUCCCAUAUCUAAAGGAGAGGUUCUCAGAAAGAUGGGAAUUAGCCAAGGUCUUCCUGAAUCACAUGGCUCAACAGGAAGUGCAACCAAAUCUGCUAACUUUUAAUGCUUUACUGAAGACUCUGAGAAGAUGCGGUGGUUUAGGCAGAAGUAUGUCUUUAUUGGUAAUAAAGGAAAUGGAAGCACUUGAUAUAGAGCCUAGCCUUGCAACGUAUGAUCAUCUUAUCUUUAUAUUUUAUAGAGGCGUUGAUCUUUGCUCAUCGGGCAUCAUCUCUGAGGUGCUAGAUGAUGUUGAAAAGAGGAGCUUCACUCCCCAGGACCCUGAUGAUGCCAACUUCUUUGCCACCGCUAUGCAAGCGUGCUGUGAUCUUAAGGAUAUCAAGCUUGCCUAUCGGUUAAAUAAGGCAAUGGAGAAGGGAGACAACUGGAAGUUCUUGGACAUGGAUCGGUUAAAUGCCUACUGGUCAAAAUUCUUUUCAUUGUUGUGUAUGAUGGAACAAAUUGAUGUUGUGUUGAAAUGGUACAAAGAAAUGUCCCCUUCGCUCUUCUAUCCAACUCCUAAAAAUAUAUUGGACCUCCUUCAAGCACUGGAUGCAGCCAACCACUUGGAAGUGAUCCCUUCAGUCUGGGAAGAUAUGAAACAGUUGGGGUUUAAUAGGAGACAAGACCUGUUGGAAGAGCUCCUGUCUUUGAUGAGCAGGGAGCAGCACCCUGAAGAGAUUCAGCUGGCGUUUGCCAAGUGUGCUGAAGACAUCAAAGCUGUCCAUGAGCAAACUGGGAGGGAGCAGGCCCCGUUGGAAUGGACAGGCAGUGCGCUGGGCCAUGUUGCUCUGUUGUUUUCCAGGGUUGGGAGAACCCAGGAUGCUUGGAACAUGAUGGAGCGUUUCCAGCAAAUCAAUAGGAUUCCCACUGACCAGGUGAUGGAUGAGUUCUUGAACUGUGCUAAACAAACCAAUUGCCCGGAUGAGGCGAUUAAGCUGGUAAAGCUGGCAGCAUCCUUCGGUCUUCCUUCAUCUCAGAGGCUUAAAAGCAGAACGGAGAAGGAAUUUGAACUCUCUGAAAAGCAGAAGAAGACAUUGGAGAAUAUCAAGUCAGACAGCGACAGCAGUGAUAGUGACAGUGACAGCGAUAGUGACCGUGACUAG